UCUUUGACCUGGCCGACUGCACAAGGCCGAUGUUACCCCUGGUGUAAUAGUUGCAUUCUGUCAGUGUUAGAGCUAGCGUGAAUAACUCCCAUCGUGUAUAUAUAAGUGUCAGGCUACCAGCGACUCAUAAAUGCACACAAUGAAGAUAUCACAUCAGGAAACAUACCAUCACCAGACCGGAGCCCUGGACAUAGACACCAGGCAACUCAUUAAAUGUGUCCUAGGACAAUGUACGGGACUUCUGAAACCUAGGUGGAACGAAAGCAAAGCUGUGUCAACAAUGAGUAGAGUUAUUGGGCAAUUACUGGAGAAGCACAGAUACACAUACCAUGGUAGGUAUUGUGUUAUGAUACCAACAGCUAACAUAAGCCAGUGACAAAGUCAUUAAACAUUUGUUGCACUAUCGAACUUACAGGUAUGAUCAACACACUCUAUGUGGAUAACAGAGGGGAUGACGUGAAGUUAGUAGCCCAUAUCAUCUUUGAAGACGGGACCGUCAACUGGGGCCGUGUUGCCAGCCUGAUGUCUUUUGGGGCUGCGGUGUGCCAGUACUUGAGAGUCAAGGGGAGAGACGACUGUGUUGGCGUGGUGGGAGAAGAGAUAUCAGAGUACCUGGUCACUCACCACACGGACUGGCUAGUCAAACAUAACUUCUGGAAUGGGUUCGUGGAGUUCUUUCCAGUAGCAGAACCUGAGUCCAGAUGUAGGAACAUCAUCAUGACCCUUUUCGGAUUGGCUGGUAUUGGGGGCAACAAUGACCUUCUUGGUUAUGUGACUUUCAGAAGAGUCCUUUACCUGUUAUCACUUUGUGCUUGAUGCUUCUCACAAUAGUAGAGAUUGAGUAUGAUGUUAGGAAUAUGUACCGUAAAGGCUAAUAAAGUAGUG